AUGAAUACUAUAAAAGAGAGUAAGGGCUUAACAGCAUCAGUUAAUGUUAGAUCUUCUGAUUCUGCUGCUACUUUUCCUCCGGUUAUAGCUAAGUUAUUUGAACCGAAGCCUCCUUUCAAGUUUUUGGAGCCUGUGGAUUAUCCAAUAGAACAAAGAAGAACCAAGAUAGUAAAGGGAGUUGGAGGAUUACUUGAUUUGGUAAAAAAAUAUAACGAAGAAGUCCCAUAUACAGUUACAGAGGGUAAUCAACAACGGCAGCAGAGAUUGAAGCAAGAAAAGAGAAAACUGGAAGCAGAAAAAUUGCAGCGAGACCUGGCCGCCUGGAACCCUGAGAAGGACCUCAACAUGAUUGGCGAUGCUUCGAGGACUAUAUUUGUUGCAAGAUUAGAUUACAACUCCACUGAGGUGGAUUUGCAGAACAGUUUGGGUGUUUUUGGAGAAAUCGACAGAAUUCGUGUUGUGCGAGACGUAAACACAGACAAAUCAAAAGGAUAUGGGUUUGUGGUAUUCAAGCAGCCAGACGAUGCCAGAACUGCAUAUCGUAACUCUUCAUCAUUGAAAAUCAACAACCGACCUGUUCUAGUAGAUAUUGAACGAGGUAGAACUGUGAAAAAUUGGAAACCUCGGCGUCUUGGAGGUGGUUUAGGUGGUCGUCAUUACACAAAACGUCAAAUAGAAAAACUUACCAGACAGGCUCCAAGAUAUGAUAGAUAUCCUCCCCCAGAGAGAUACUCCACAAGUUCAAAUCGUGGGGCAUAUAGAGGAGGGGCAGGCUCCGGAGGCUUUCGAAGCCAUGGUGGUGGAGGCAGAGAGGGACAAGGUAAUUUCAGAUCUUCUGAUCAACGAGAUAACCGUAGAGGAGGAUGGAAUGGUCAAAGAAGAUACUAG